GAGACACUUACGUAAAACACGUAGCGAAACGGAAGGUGCCCUUUGGCAGCAAAUCCUGCAAGUUGUUCGCGUGUACGUUCAACGCACCGACACUAGAAGGAGCCACUUGCAGGAAUUGCGGAGAAUGGACACGGACAGUGCCGAGGAAAUCCGCAGGAACGAGGAGAAGAUAAUGAAAGAAGAGGAGCUGAUCAAAAUCCUGAAAACUAACCACAAAGACAUGUUGAAAAUGAAAACAGACAAAGUCCAAUCACUAGAGGCCGAAGAAAAACUGCUCAACAUUAAAUUCCUGAAAAUCCGCAAAGACCUGAAAGUCCAUUUGGCUCUUGAUGAAAAGCAAUUGCGGCUUCUCACUGCAACUUCCAACCAAGCCUUAGAAGAACUAAAUUUGGUUCUAGAAAAAGGCAGACAUGUCUUAGCCUUGUCGAUUACUUGUAAAAAGUUUGAAACUGACAGAGAAAGGAUAUCCAAAUGGUUGCCUAUUAUGACAUUUGCUGAGCUUAAAGAUGAUGAUGAAGGUUUAACUGAUGAUCAAAAAUUAAUUCAGAAGUCAUUGAGAAAAGGAUUUAGUACGCCAAAACUUGAAGAAUUCAAUAUCCGUCCACAAACAAGCAGUUUUUCUGCAACCUUUGAACCUCUGCUUUCAGACUCUAAAGUAGCUCCUAUAGAAGAUGUUAAAAUUGAAUCCAAAAAAAUAGAAGAAAAAGAAAAAAUCCCAACAAAUUUCCUAAAUAGCUGUUACGAAAAUUUGGAAAAAUUGGAAAACUUUUGGAUGAUUUAUAACAAGUGCGAAAUUGACGUAAUGGAGCUGAAGCAGGAAAAAGCUACGCUGGAGAAGGAAAACAAACAGCUGCGAGGGUUGAUAAGGGCGGUUCUAGAAGCUGCGGUUUUGGCAAAAAGUGCACCCGAUAGCAAAGUUUCUACAAGAGUUCAAUCGAAAAGAAGAAGCGCAUAUUCAGCUCCUCUACAUCGAAUUACAUUUUGA